AUGAGGCAGGACGCUUUCGAGGAUACCUUGGAAGACCUGCAGCAGCAGCCGCGUGGUGCCGCUUCGCGAGUCAUCGCGGUCUCCCUCAAGCUACCUCCUUUUUGGCCGAAGCAACCCACGGUAUACUUCACGACGGGGGAAGCGCAAUUCAGCUUGCGGAAAGUCGCCGAAGAAGAGACGAAAUUCGAGUACGCCCUCACCGCUCUCGACCCUCGACUCCGAUACGUGAGCCAGCACGAGCGCCUCGCGGCCAUCGUGAAUCUUUCGAUGGGCGAUGAUACCCCAAGGAGACUUCUGGAUCGAAUGCUAGGACUGUAUCGCCCGGAAGCCAAGGCUGCGGAGGGCCCUUCAUUCCGGUUCCACUGUCUGCAGAAUCUACCCGCCUAUGUGCGCGAUCUGGUGAUUUCUUGUGACCUGUGA